AAUGAAAAGUCCAUAUACCUAAACUUAUUUUCUUACCCUAUAAACUGUGAUAUAUGCUUUAUAAGAAUUUCCAUAAUUAUUCCAUUCAUGGAGAGAACUAAGGUAAAUAGUCCUAGUAUCCUACUGUUUCCAUGGUUAGGUUUUGGCCAUGUAAAUCCCUUUUUGGCACUAGCCAAGAAAUUAUCAAAAAUGAACUUUCACAUAUAUUUUCUUUCCACACCAAUUAUUCUCAAAUCUAUCAAGGAAACCCUAGAUAAUAAUAAUCUCUCCAUACAACUUGUUGAAUUUCACUUGCCUUAUUUGCAUGAGUUACCUCCUCAUUACCAUACAACUAAUGGCCUCCCUCCCCAUCUUAAUUCCACUCUUAUUCAAGCCUUUCAAAUGGCUUCUUCCAAAUUUCCAAGCAUAAUUGAAAUCCUAAAACCUAACUUGAUUAUCUAUGAUGGGUUCCAACCAUGGGUAGCAACUAUGGCUUCAUCAUGCAAUAUUCAUGCUAUUAUGUUUUAUGUUUCUUCAACUUCUUGCCUUGCCUACCUCUACCACCAAUUUCUUUAUGGGACUUCAAGCCUUACAUCUUUUCCUUUUUCUUCCUUAUACCUUCAUGACUAUGAGAUCAAGAAAUUAGAUAUACAACCGAUAAAACCACGCGAUGAGAAAGCCUUUGGAUACGUGAUCCUUAAAUCCUUUGAACAAUCUCACAACAUUGUUUUGUUGAACACUUGUAGGGAGAUUGAGGGAAAGUAUGUAGACUAUGUUUCUACCUUAGGAAAGAAGGAGUUGAUACCAAUUGGACCACUCAUUCGUGAGGCGACCAUAGGUGAGGAGGAGCAUUGGAGGACAAUUCAAUCAUGGCUAGACAAGAAGGAUCAAUUUUCAUGUGUGUAUAUAUCAUUUGGAAGUGAAUGCUUCUUGUCAAAGCAAGAAAUUGAAGAGAUAGCCAAAGGGCUUGAGCUAAGCAAAGUUAGCUUUAUUUGGACAAUCAAAUUUCCAAAAAAGGUGAACAUUACAAUAGAAGAAAUGGUUCCACAAGGUUUUCUUGAAAGAACAAAGGGAAAGGGGAUGGUUAUUGAAGGAUGGGCUCCACAAAGUCAAAUUUUGAAGCAUUCAAGUAUUGGUGGUUUCGUUAAUCAUUGUGGAUGGAGUUCGAUGUUAGAAAGCAUGAGUUUUGGCAUACCGAUAAUAGCCAUGCCUAUGAAUCAUGAUCAACCAUUUAAUUCAAGAUUAGUAGAGGAACUUGGCAUAGGGGUAGAGAUUUUGAGAGGUGAAAAUGGAGAAAUAAUGAAAGAAGAAGUGGCAAAAGGAAUAAGGAAGGUGGUAGAGAAGAAGACUCGGAAAGAAGUAAAUUUGAAGGCAAUGGAAUUGAGUGAGAAGAUAAAAUUGAAAGGGGAGAAAACUAUAGACGAAGGGGUUAAAAAGUUGUUGAAGCUUUUGUGUUGAUUUAUAAGGGAAUGAUGAAUUGGAAUUGGAGACACUAUAAGUAUUUAGAUAAUAAAGAUUGAAAUAAGAGCAUUUAAUAUAUACAAAUUGUAUCGAAUGCUGUAAUUUAGAGAUAGGCUUCUUAUGAUCAUAUUGUCUUGUAUAUGAGUUCAAACUCUAGUUGAACAAGAUCUCUCUUCCUUGCAUUGUGUAUUUAGAGAGGAUUAUACCUCUUAGUUGAAAUAUUGAGAAAUACAUACAAAGCAUAAAUUAUUUCAGACGCGAACAAGAUACUUCAAGGCUAAAAUUCACCAUCAAAGAGUGCGAUGAAAUGGAUGAGAUCAUAUUACUUCACCAUUUCCAAAGAUCUCUGGCUCGACUCCUGGAAAUAGAUAUCAGAAACUCUGGCAUUUUUCCUUUUAUAUCAACACAAAUCUAUGUUAGUUGGAACAAAAAAUUUUGGAUACAUAUAUACACAUGCCACAUGAUGAAUACGACAUGCUUACAUUAGUGGGCUAAGACAGCCAUAUUAAUCAAUCGAACCCA